AUGUAUAAAUCACAAGUGAUUAGUAUUAACGAUGUUCCACAGAAUGUUCUUGGAAUUAUUUUUUCACAUUUGGACCAUGGAGACAGGUUCAGAGCUUCUCUCGUCAACAAAAAUUGGUGCUACGUCUUCAAAAAUUCAUCAAAUCUGUGGAAGAGUUUUCAUUUCAAAUUUUUGACCAAACGUAAACUGCCCAACAUGCGCUGCUUGCGUGCUAUCGGCAAGUUUAUUUGCAAUCUAUAUAUUGAGGUUAAUCCUGAAAUGAAAGCUUGCAGACAGUCUGCUCUCUAUGCCAUUAAUUAUUUUGCUCGCCAAACCAAACGACGUAUCGUGGCGUUCAAAUUGCAUUUCAAAGAUCAAUGUCAUUUUUACAAUGAAUUCAACGAAGCCAUAAAUAAUUUGCUAACUUUACCAGUAGAAAGUGGAAUAAGCUGCAGAUCAUUGGUCGAGGUUGAAUUGAUUGGACGGUACUAUGGUUUUGAUGAAAAAUUAAUUAUUGUUUUAGUUGAAAAUCACAACAAAACUCUUAAAAAACUGUACCUCCACAAUUUAUUUUUUGCCGAUGAUAUAAACGCUGACAUGUCAAAAUUCGUGAUAUCCAAUUGCCACCAGUUGACACAUUUGGGUCUCCCUGGCUUCAGCAUUAAUGAUGAGGUUGUGUCAGCCAUCACGCAACCUGAAGAUCGCCUGAAAUUACAAAAGUUUGUUAUCCUUUGCUCAUUUAACCAAAUGUAUAUUGCCAGGACUAGCUCUAAAGCCUGGAGACGUCUGGUCACACAUUCAAAAGAUUUGAAAGUAAGCUUAAUUUUUGAUUAUGCAUGCCCUAUGCGAGUUGCAAUGAAGGUUUUCAGACCAGAGAUACCUGUUAGCGAACUUACUUUAGAAACCUGGGCUAAAAAAGUACACCACUUCAUUAAACUGGCUCUUAAAUAUUACAGAUCGAGCCUCACAAAACUCUCAAUAACGUGUCCCGAGCAACAUGAUGAAUUAUUUGAGAAAGAGUUGAUAAACGUUGCCCAAUGCUGUUUUCGCUUAUCCUCACUGCACAUUAGAUCUCCUAUCAGUGAGAACACCAUUUCAAAAAUUUCAUCACUAAGACCAGAUUUGAAAGAUUUGAAGUUGUAUACGCAGUAG